UUGAGCUUCUAUUUCAAAUCUUGUUUAUGUUUCAAGUUUACUCUUUCCUUCAACCGAAUAUAUUCUUAUCUUUCCAAUUCAACUGCCACCACCCUUUUCCAAUAGCUCUAGAAUCAGAAUCAAAUAUGAACCUCAAACGAUUGUAUAUCAAAAUCCAAAGCAUUGAUUCCAUUCUAUGAGUUGAAGUUAUAAUAGCCUUUGUUUAAAAGUGAUGCCAAUUAUAUAACACACACCAACAUCAAUCCCAUGUUUUUUAUUCUACUUACUUGAUUAUGGAAAGAAGGGUUCUUGAUGGUAUCAUUAAUAGGUUGCUUGAUGUUAGAGGAAGACCUGGCAAACAGGUUCAGCUUUCAGAGGGAGAAAUUAAGCAACUUUGUAUGGUUUCUAGAGAUAUCUUCUUGAAGCAGCCUAAUCUGUUGGAACUUGAGGCACCAAUUAAGAUUUGUGGAGAUAUCCAUGGUCAAUAUUCAGAUCUAUUAAGCCUAUUUGAGCAUGGUGGAUUCCCUCCUCGUUCGAACUACUUGUUCUUAGGCGACUAUGUAGACCGCGGAAAACAAAGCUUGGAAACAAUAUGUCUUCUUCUAGCUUACAAAAUCAAAUAUCCUGAAAACUUCUUCCUUCUGAGAGGAAACCAUGAAUGCGCUUCGAUAAAUCGUGUCUAUGGAUUUUACGACGAAUGUAAAAGGAGAUUCAAUGUAAGAGUAUGGAAGAUAUUUUCAGACUGUUUCAACUGUUUGCCGGUCGCGGCUGUUGUUGACGACAAGAUUAUAUGUAUGCAUGGUGGACUGUCACCUGAAUUGCAUAGUUUGAAACAGAUAAGUAAUUUGCCUAGGCCGAGUGAAGUUCCUGAAAGCGGUCUUUUAUGCGAUCUUCUGUGGUCUGAUCCUAGUAAAGAUGUUCAAGGUUGGGGAGUUAACGAACGCGGCGUUUCGUUUACUUUUGGUGCAAGUAAGGUUGCGGAGUUUCUUCGUAGGCAUGAUCUUGAUUUGAUUUGCAGAGCUCACCAGGUUGUUGAAGAUGGAUAUGAGUUUUUUGCUAAUAGACAACUUGUGACAGUUUUUUCUGCUCCUAAUUACUGUGGAGAGUUUGACAAUGCUGGAGCAAUGAUGAGUGUUGAUGAAACACUUAUGUGUUCUUUUCAGAUAUUAAAAGCUGUGGAUCAUAAAAUGCCUAAGUUUGGUUUUAGGAGUGCCACUUCAUUCAAGAAGGCAUUUCUUGGGGCUAAAGUAAGAGCUGAUUGAGGUGCUAACAUCACUAAAGUUUGGAACAUAGAUAAAAAUUGACUACGAAAAAGUUAUAUCUUUGUUCACUAAAAUAUGAAGGAAGACUAUAACUGUCAAUUUUGAAGAACACAGGAAAACUAUCUAUGGUUUAACUUUCAAGUAUUGUUGAAUGUUUUCGUCCACAAUGCUGCUAAGACAAACGGAGGUUUCGCGUUAUUUUCUUUAAGUUUUUUGUGUGAGAGAGUUUGUUAAUGCUUCUUCAAUUCAUAUCUCUGGUUGUAUGACAAUGGCAGCAUUAUAAUGGCGUAUUUUAACUAGUGUAAUUGCAUUGUAAUAUUAUCAAAUUCAUGUAAUUUUCUCGUAAA